CCCACUUUCUCACUCUAAUCAUCCUCCCCUCUGUCUUCUAUUCCAUCUUCCCUGUCUACAGAGAGAGAGUGCCAUCAAAACAGCAGCCAUCUUAGAGAGAGAAAGACAAGUUAGUGAGAGAAAGAUGGAGGGAAAGGAAGAGGAUGUGAAGCUUGGAGCCAACAAGUUCUCAGAGAGACAACCCAUUGGAACUGCAGCUCAAAGCGGGGACAAGGACUACAAGGAACCACCCCCUGCUCCAUUGUUUGAGCCUGAAGAGCUCAAGUCAUGGUCCUUUUGGAGGGCAGGAAUUGCAGAGUUCAUAGCCACCUUUCUCUUUCUGUACAUAACUGUGCUCACAGUUAUGGGGGUGAAGAAAGAGAAAACCAUGUGCACUUCGGUGGGGAUUCAGGGGAUUGCUUGGGCCUUUGGCGGGAUGAUCUUCGCUCUUGUUUACUGCACUGCUGGUAUCUCAGGUGGUCACAUAAACCCAGCAGUAACAUUCGGGCUCCUUUUGGCGAGGAAGCUGUCUCUUACAAGGGCGGUGUUCUACAUGAUAAUGCAAUGCCUGGGUGCAAUCUGUGGAGCUGGAGUGGUGAAGGGGUUCGAGAAGGGGAGGUAUGAGGUUCUCGGUGGUGGUGCGAACACAGUGAACCAUGGCUACACUAAGGGCGAUGGACUCGGUGCGGAGAUUGUCGGCACCUUCGUUCUUGUUUACACUGUCUUCUCUGCAACUGAUGCUAAGAGGAAUGCUAGGGAUUCUCAUGUUCCUAUCCUGGCUCCCCUUCCAAUUGGGUUUGCAGUGUUCCUGGUGCAUUUGGCCACCAUCCCCAUUACAGGCACAGGCAUCAACCCAGCUAGAAGCCUUGGAGCUGCCAUCAUCUUCAACAGAGAUCAGGCAUGGGAUGACCAUUGGAUUUUCUGGGUUGGACCAUUCAUUGGAGCUGCCCUUGCUGCUGUUUAUCACCAGAUAGUCAUCCGAGCCAUUCCAUUCAAGACCAGGGCUUAAACUCCUCUCUCUAUCUUUGUCUUUCUCUCUCUAACUUAUCUACAUUUUUAUUUGUUUUUGUGUCUGAUUUUGGUGUAUUUUAGGGUUCUUAUGAUUGUUGAUUGGCAUGGCAUGGGGACCUUGGUUUGUGUAAGAAAGUGUGGAUCUGGUUUAUGGUCAUGUAGAUUUUGCAAGGAUUAAUGUUGAUAUGCUUGCUAUUGAGAAAUUUAAUUUAUCUUGGAUUCGCCAA